AUGCUACCUUACAGUAGGUAUGGUCCUAUGAUGCCGACCGACGACUACUAUGACCAAAUGAUGAUGGCUGGUCCAAUGCCAUCAUCAUAUAAUCGUAUGAUGGGCCCUUCUGGUUAUGGAUAUGGCGGUUCUAAUCAGUAUGGUCAGGCUAUGUCAUCAUUAAUGAGCUAUGUUAAUGAUAAGGACAACUUCCAGGUGGGUGAAUAUAACGUGAUUUAUUGGUUAGUACUAUAUAGUAAAAGUGAUUUAUGGUGUAGUACUGUUUAGUACGAUAUAGUACAUAAAACCUUUCUUUGAUUAAAAAAUUAUUUGUAAAGAAAGUUUCUGCAGCCUAUUGGAAAACAGAAAGACUGUCGUAUUUUACAUUAAAAUUUUAGCCCCAAGGCUGUGGCUGGGACGGUGUUCGAAACCGUUGUACUGACGGGCUAAACAUUUGUAAAGGCGGUUGUCGCGACUUUUCCAACGAUAUUACCCAUGACUGUCGAUGUGUACCCUAUGGUUAUAUGGCUUUAUUGAGUCUUGGCAAAAAGUAA